AUGACGCGAAUAAUAUCAUCGGCCAUGCGCCCGUUGAGGCUCAACGCCAGCCGGCGCCUCCGCCUAGCAGUCACGGCUGCAGCGCCGACGCAGACGACCCUGCCCUUCGAGGCACGCAGAGCCGCCACGACGACGACGACGACCGCGAGGCCCAACACACCUGCGAAACCCGCACCUGCGCAGACAACACCAUAUAAGCGAUCAGCCACCACCAACACCAACACGACGAACACCGCCAACGCAGCAGCAAGCAACAGCAGGCCCAGCCCCGCCGCCAACACGCCCUUCGCCGAGUCCCAGAUCAACCCCGUCCCGUCCGCCCCGUACGCGCGGCCCCAGGGCAUGGGCGCCAUCCCCGAGGCGCCGCCCGCGCCGGCCCCCGGCGGCCACGGCGACCCGGCCUUUGGCGGCAACGGCAUCGACUGGUCCAGCUCGUUCCACGGCCUGUCGACCGUCCCCUUCUCGCCCGAGGUCGCCGCCGUGCUCAUGAGGCCCAUCCCCUUCGAGGACGUCGAGAUCAAGCCCGACGGCAUCAUCUACCUGCCCGAGAUCAAGUACCGCCGCAUCCUGAACCAGGCCUUCGGCCCGGGGGGCUGGGGCAUGGCGCCCCGCGGGGAGCUGAUGGUCGGCGACAAGGUCGUCACGAGGGAGUAUGCGCUGCUGGUGCACGGCAGAUUUAUAGCUCAGGCACGAGGCGAGUGUCAAUUCUUCGCCGACGACGGCAUCGCCACCGCCGGCGAGGGCUGCAAGUCCAACGCCCUGAUGCGCUGCUGCAAGGACCUGGGCAUCGCCUCCGAGCUGUGGGACCCCCGGUACAUCCGCGACUUCAAGAAGAAGUGGGCUCAGGAGAUUUGGGUCGAGCACGUCGUCACCAAGAAGAAGAGGCAGACAUGGGUGCGCAAGGGGGACGAUCCCGCCUACCCCUUCAAGAGGUCCUGA